GGCGCACUUUCGCGCAGGCGCAGUGAGUGGGGAAUGUGGAGUGUCAUGGCUGUUUGAAAGUAACGGAAGUGCCGCGAGCUGAAGAGUGGGCACGCGAUGGGUGGAAAAAACAAACAGCGAACCAAAGGCAAUGUGCGGCCAUCCAGCAGUGGUAAAGCAGCUGAGCUGCUGGCUAAAGACAAGGGAGCAGUUCCAGGCUUUCUUGGUUUUGGAGCCAGCCAGAAUGAAUUGGGUUAUGUCCCUGCACACCAAGGCUUAGAAGAAGUGGAUAAUUUGGUGGAUGCUGACUUCCGAAUGGUUCUGCGCAAAAUGUCAAAGAGAGACGCAACCACAAAAUUAAAAGCUGUACAAGAGUUUGGGACAAUGUGCAAAGAGAAACACCCUGAGAAUAUAAAAGGAGUUCUUCCCUAUUGGUCAAGGAUUUACUGCAAAAUUUCUUUGGACCAUGACCGUCGAGUUCGAGAAGCAGUACAGCAGGCAUUUGAAUCUCUCAUCCUUCAAGUGAAGCGGAACUUAGCACCUUAUUUGAAGACCAUUAUGGGGCACUGGCUUAUUGCUCAGUGUGAUACCUACAAUCCGGCAGCCUCAGCAGCAAAAGUAGCAUUUCAAGUUGCUUUUCCAUUAAAUAAACAACCAGAGGCUGUUGCUUUUUGUAAAGAAGAAAUAAUGAAUAUUCUAUUUGAUUACAUCAUGAAGGAAAGUCCAGAGACCCUCAGUGAUCCACAAAGUGUUCCUGAGGAAGAAAGGGAAGGCAAAUACCUAAGGGUUGUUACAAGCUCACUGUUGGCUCUGAAAAAGCUGCUUGAUCUUCUCCCUGAAAAUGAGAGCGUUGCCCUGAAAGACAGACUGAUGGAACUUCUAUCACAGUCCAAGUUCUGGAAAUACAGCAGACAUAAAACUCCACAGAUCCGUUCAGCUUUCUUUGAAUUAAUUAUUGCUUUUUGCCAAUAUUUGCCUGAGCUGAUGAAGUUUGAAGCUGCAAGAGUGUGUCCUGCAGUGCUACUGAACAUAGAUGAUUUGGAUCCAGUGGUAUGCCCUUCUGUCUGGGCAGCAGCACUUUAUGUGCUCACCUGCAUUGAGGAUUGCUGGGCCUAUGUAAAUGCAAAGAAAGGAGUUUUGCCAAAACUAUGGACAGUUCUUAAAGAAGGUGGCCGUGGCUUGGCUACUUUUGUCUAUCCAAGUCUUUUACCAUUUAUCAGCAGGUUACCUGAAGAAAUAAUUGGAUCCAAGAUAGAGUUUUUCACCGUGUUCUUCAGCAGCUUUAGCAAGGGAUUACUGAGUGAGCGUGCCUUGAUGAGCUGCACUGAGAGUUCAGCAAUUGUAUCAGCUUUUAUGGAAUGUUUGCGCUUCACUCUACACCAGAAUCUCGGAAAGGCUGAGGAUCAGCAGAAACUCCAACAGAUGCUCAUAAAUGAACAGCUACUACCUCUUUUACAUUCUGCGUUGAAGAAUCCCAAACUGCAAACCAACACUUACUCCCAACUCGCAGACACCCUGGCCUCGUGGGAAAGACACACUGAUAAUCCAGAUAUAGAAGAGUGGGCUGAUGCAUACAAAAGACUAUUAUCUGAUUUUUGGGUUGGUCUUUCUCAAGCCUGCAUGUUUCAGCUAGGCAGUACAGAAGCUGAUAAAAAUUUAUUAGAAGGAGUUUCUUCUUUGCUCAAAUGCUUGAGAAAGCCUGACAGCGCUACAAAACAAUCUGUGAAAAAGAAAGGAAAAAUCAGGUUUAUUGACGAAGAAGAAACUGAGAAUCACAACAUCAAUGCUACCAAUCGUCUGGAAGAAUUAACUUUUGGAACUAAGAACGCUUUGGAGUCUGAAAAUUUGGGGGAUACUUCCAAACAAUUACAGGACAACCAUCCUGCCAGAACAGUCCCUUUGGAAGGCCUAGUCUGUGAACUUGCCAAACUGAGCAUGACCUUUAUUAAUGAACAGAACUCUGAAGUGCAUCUUACAUUUUUGACUACAUUGGUUAGCUCAUUUCCAUCAAGGAAGCUAUUUACUACUUUGCUGGAAAAUGACAACCCAGGGAGUGCUGAAACUUUCCUUGAAGCAAGUAAUGAAGUGAAAACGAUGGCAAGUAACCCUGCUAUACAGUUUCUGAUUCAGAAACUACUCAUCUGGAUGAAAGAAUCUAGAACUGACUUAAAUUGUUUGGUUGAUAUGCUCUACAGUGUUCUUCAUUGCUGCCAUAACAAUGAAAGGAAGAUAAUACUGAAUCAAAUCUCUGAGAUGGAACAGGGGUGGCUCAUCUUGUCUCACACUAUACAAAAGGCAUGUGUGGAUCCAAUCAAGUAUGCAGCUAUUUCUGAUUGGUUGAAAGGAGAAGUACUGGGAGAGAAGCUGGUCUUAUUAACAGACAAGCUCUGUGCAAUGGGAGUAACAAGUUCUUGGCCAAAAGAUACUCACUCACAUAGCUGGAUGCUGCUUAGUCUAGCUCUAUCUAAACAUAUCAAUAAUGAUGCUGAUCUGCAUAAACUACAACAAACCUGGUUGCUGGGAUUAACUUCACUGAUCAAUCAACAAAACGAAAAUUUUAGAAAAUGUGGUUUCUUUCAUAGCUCUGCAACAUGGCUGAAAAGUCAAGUCCAAACAUCAACACUGGAUGUGAAGAGCCUCCAGAUGCUGCUUUCCUGCACUUACACGCUUCUUGAUAAGCUGAAAGCUGCUCAACCUCAACCUCUUCAUCAUCUCAUAACAUUAAUUGAAUGCAUGGUUCCAAACCAUUCUGAAUGGGAAAACCUGAGGCAGAAACUUUCUCCACAGUGGCUGAGUAAAGUGUUGCUGAUGGAGCAGCUGAGUCUGAACAGUGAUGCAUUGUGUGCUGGCAAUGAUAUUUACUCUUCUGACAAGAUACCAAAUCAUUUGUGUACUACAGCUUUAUUAAACCAAGUGCUAUUACAGAUACUAGAAGCCGAUAUCUUUAAAGGACAGGAAGAAAUUCAUUCGGUCAUACCUACAUCACAAAUUGCUGCAGAAAUGUUGUACUCCUUGCAGUGGUGUGAAGAAAUGAAAGAUUUUUGUCCUACCAUUUCUAAGUACCAUGAACUGCUCCUUCAAUUUGAUAUUACACGUGAAAGACUGAGGAAUGCCUGCAGCACAUUGUGUGAAACUCUCUUUAGCAGAUUCAUCAAAACAAUGAACUGGGUUAUGCUCUUAGUAAUCUUCAGUGGUGGUGUUGACUAUUAUUUGGUCAUUAAACAGGACGCAGAAUAUAGAAUCAGAUCAUUACAGAGUGGAUUACUCUGGGCUUUAACUGCAUCUCAGUUUAUCACCCAAACAAAGAUGGAUGGCAGUUGCGACCUGAAACAACUGUACAUCACAGUGGAGAGAUUUUUCCCUUUGACUGAGGCAAGCCUGCACACAAUUCAGAGCAUUGCUCCAUCUCUUCUCCAGGACGAUAAAAAUAUCCUUGUGACGCAGUAUGCUGCAAAACUUUCUAUAAGCAAGAGUACAGAUAUCACCAGUAUUGAUGGAGGGUUUGGAAGUCUUGUUGUUAUAAAUAGCUGCCUACAGCAUGGAACCAAUGUGGAUGAUCAUCUUGUGGAUGACCAGUUAUUUAUACAUGUAUUAAAUACAAUUAUGGAAUGGAGAAAUUAUGAAGAAGAAAUAUUUUUGUUUGACUGCACUUUAAAGCCCCCUGAGCCUAAUCUACUUGGAAUCAACGUAGAAAUUCUACGCUUUCUGAGAUUGCUGAUCAAACAUUUACCAACUUCAGUAACAAGUGAACAGUGGGACUUCAUCAUGUGCUCUAUUUUGACAUGGUUGGAGGCUAUGAGUGAAACAGUAUCACUUGACUCCAAGCCGUUGGUGCUGCAUUUUGUUUGCCAGAUUUGUGGUAUGCUAUCGGACCUUUGCUACAUGUUUCAGACAAUGACACCAGAAAUAAGUAAGACUCUUCCUGAUAACCUUGCAAACGAAUGGGACAACUUCUUUGUGGAAGGAGCAUAUGGACAGCUGUUACCGCUAUUCUUAAAAAUUGCAGCUGAAUGCAAAGGAACCAUUCUGCUCCCCUCAAUGUGCCUGUUAAAAGCCUUAGGUGAAGCUUCUGCACUUAUUCCAUUGAAGCAGCUGAUGAACCACAGUCUACCAGCUAAAUUCAUUGCUGGUCAGAAAACUAAUUUACCUGAUAAACUUCAAUCAAUUCUGAACACAUUGGCUCCAUUGCUGCUCUGCAAGGCUAGGCCUGUGCAAAUUACAACCUACCAUAUAUUGCACAAGUUAAUGUCAGAGCUACCUGCCUUUGAUCAUGAACAUCUGAAUUCUUAUGAUGACAAUGGGAAUGACGAAGAACAUGCUUUAUCACCACCUGCAGCACUUAUGUCAGUAAUUGGUACUCAGGAGGCAGAUUUGGAGAAUAUUUUCUGUAACAUUCCAGUUGGAGAGUACACAGAUAUUGAGCCACUAAGUGAAGCUUACUAUUCCAUUCUGGGGUACCUGCUUGCAUGGAAGCUGCUUCUCAUAUUUUUCAAAGCAUCACCGUCUGAGUUGCGGGCUAUAUAUGCAACUUAUCUUCGUAAGAGUAAAUGUUUACACAAAUUACUGCAACAUCUCUUCAGACUGAUGCCAGAAAAUCCAACUAUUCCUGGACAGAUUACUGAUUCUGCCAGUAAAGGGUUACGGACACUAUUCAGUGAGAAACAUGUCAUCCUUCUCCAAGAGACAGAAACCUUAAACACAGAAGUUUCCAUGUUGGCUUGUGCUGUAUAUUAUAGCGUUUUGGAAGAUUUGCCAGCCACGGUUCGACUUUGGUGGAAUAGUCAAGACAAGCGUGUGUCCAGUACAGUGGAUAAAUACACCAGCAGAUAUGUCAGCAGCAUUCUUUCUUCACAGGAAAUUUCAGCUGUGCAAUCCAGUACACAAACGUUCAAGAGCAUGGUGGUGAAAGCUCGUCCUGUAGCCCGAGAGGUACAUGCUACCUAUUCUGUGGAUGAUAUAUUCAUUGAGCUUAUCAUACAGUUACCAACAAACUAUCCUCUUGGGUCAAUUACUGUAGAAAGUGGGAAACGAGUUGGUGUGGCUGUUCAGCAGUGGCGCAACUGGAUGUUGCAGCUAAAUACAUUUCUUAAUCUUCAGAACGGCAGCAUCAUGGAAGGUCUUGCAUUGUGGAAGAGCAAUGUGGAUAAACGGUUUGAAGGAACUGAGGAAUGCAUGAUCUGCUUUUCAGUAAUUCAUGGUUCUAACUAUUCGCUUCCAAAGAAAGCCUGCAGAACCUGCAAAAAAAAGUUCCACUCAGCCUGCUUGUACCGAUGGUUUACUUCCAGCAACAAGUCUUCAUGCCCACUAUGUCGAGAGAUGUUCUUUUGAGACAGUUUGGCUUUUCUCCUCAUAUUGCCACUGCAUAGUGGAGUCUAAGAGAAUUGCAGUGAUGAAGUGCAUCAAUCAAGGGCUUUAUGAUGGUCAGAAAUUGGCAAUAUUUGAAUAUCACAGCAGAAACUUUUUUUUAAUAUGGUUAGCCUCUAAUACAAAACAGUAAUCUUGAAGUAUUUGUGUCAACAUUUAAAAGACAUCAGUAAUUUUCCACAAUUAAAUUUAUCAAUGAAAUGAAUGGCAGUAAAUAUAAUUGUUUCCCUCCCUCCCCGCAUUUAUUUUAAGAGAAAGCCCCUCUUCUAUCCAUCCCCAUGCUCCAAUUUGUCUUCUGCUUCUAUAUGUUCAUUGGUUCUAUUGUGGAUCAGCUACUGGGAAAUAAAUGCAUAAGAGUUACUUUAGAAUGACUCUCCUUUUAUCUCCUCCCAUAUUGUGGGAUAGUGCCUGGUUUUUACUCAGCAAUAGGUGAUCAGACAUGCAAACUAUCACACCACCUAAUAAAACAAGGUGGUUUUAAAAUCAUUACUGUUAAUUUCUUUGUAAUAUAAAAUAUUCUGUGACAGGAAUCUUAUUCAGCAGUAAAAUUGUAAAUAAUGAAUACAUAGUGUUAAUGCGUAAUCCCUGCACCAGUCAAUUUUGUUUUAUCUAUAGUUUUAAGUCUCUUCAAUCUCAUACAAUUGUCACCUGUAAAGAGUGGUGUUCAUACUAAAAUUAUACUGGCUAUCAAUUAUAAUACUUGAUUAUUGCUGAACAAAUGGUCCAGCUUUUUUCCUCCAGAACAAACAUUGGAAUUGUCAAUUGUAAUCUGCGCCACUGCGAUAACCUGUUUGUAUGCAGGACUACCACUUUAUAAGUACUGUGCAAUGGGGUGUGAGGUUACACAUGCUUAAAUCUUUCAUCUAAAAUUCCUCUGCUCUUUCAGCAGAAAUGAUAACUCACUUAUUUUGAAUACAUUAGCAUUUCAACUAGCAUAGAGAGAGAAAUUUCAGCUAUCAUGCAUUGAAAUUCCAUGGCAAUGUUUUAAGACCUAAUUUCUUAGGGUAAUUAUGGGAUUUUAAAAUCAAAAGCUGAAUUUAAAUAGCGCUUUUCAUAACUCUCAGAUAUUCCAAAACAUUUCACAUUUAAGGAAUUACCAAAAAAGUGGAAUGGCUUGGUAAUUUGGUAGUCAUUUUGUAAUGGCAAAGUUCCAUGAACAACAAUUGUACAUAUGUCCAGUCACCUUGUUUUAUUGGCGACAGUUGAGGGAGGAAUGCUGACCAAAACACUAAGAGAAUUCCCAAUUCCUCUUUCGAGUAUUGCCAGCCACAAUUUUAACAUCUCAUAUUUUAAUAUCUACUCUAAAGGACGUGACUUCCAACAAUGUAGCAUUGAUCAAUAUUACCCUGAAAUGUUGGCCUAGAUUGUGUGCCCAAGUCUUGGCCUGGGACUGUAGUACACAAUUUUCUGAUACAAAAGCAAAAGAGUAUCAACUGAGUCAAGUUGACACAACAAACAAAAUCACAAUUAAACCCAUUUUUACAAGU